GUGCUCACUUAAUGGAAUUUACACGCUAUAAGUACUAUCGAGAAAACAGAAAUGCCAGUUGGAAGAACUCUGUUAGGCACAACUUGUCACUGAAUAAGCAGUUCAGACGUUUAGAUAAACAAGAAGGCGCAAAAGGCUCCCUAUGGAUCUGUGUCAACGCGCCAGAGAGACGGCUACGCUCACUGGACGGCUCUCCUCCUCGUAUCAAUCCCACAAUUGAACGAUUGUAUAUCAAAG